UCGGUUGAUCCGUCGUCGUAGACGGACCGUCGUUCGGCUCGACGGUUUUCCCCCGUUUCCACGGCUAUUUUCAUCGAACUGUCGAUCGAUGACGGGCUUCCGGCUGUCGGGCGUUCCGGAACCAUCGGAAAACUGGCCAGGAACGGAGUGAUCGUCGGGCCAGGCUCGACGUGGAAGAGGAAGAGGAGGAACCAGCCAUGGGCAACACCACCACGAAGAGCCACUACUCGAAGAGCCUGGCUGGCGGCGGCACCUCCAGAAGACCGCGCUGGGAGGGAUCAGGUCUUCCAGCGGCACCGGGGAAGCCAAUUUUAAUACCGGGCGCGGACGAAUCGCAACCCGAUGUGGUCGCCAUUCGAUGGGAGAGGUCACCGAGUAACGGUGGCUCGGCCAUUGUCGGCUACCUGGUCGAGCACAGAAGACUCGGUUCGCCGCACUGGGUGCGCAGCACACCAGGGCUUUGCACCUUUCCGGAACUGACCUUGAGCGGCCUCGAGCCAGGAUGGCGCUACCAAUUCAGGGUCAGGGCACAGAACGCUAUAGGACUCUCGCGACCCAGCGAGAUCUCCGAUCCACUGACAGUGACCUUGCAAAGGUCCGCCGCGUCCGCACCCUACUUCGAACUAGAGCUCAAGGAUACGGUCGUUCUCGAAAACGAACAGGCAGAAUUCGUGGUACGAUUUACCGGGACGCCGCUGCCGAAGAUUUCGUGGUUCAAGGAUGGCUUCGAAAUCUUCAGCAGCAGACGGACUAGGAUUAUUACGGACAGCGGCAGAAGCGUCCUUCUGAUUCACCAAACCGCGCUGAACGACGAGGGUGAAAUAAAGUGCACGGCUACCAACAGAGCCGGUCACGCUAGUACCAAAUCGAGAUUGGUUCUGGAAGCACCCCCAAAAAUUCGGCUUCCACGCCAGUACGAGGACGGUCUCCUUUUCGAACAGGACGAGACCAUCAGAUUGAAGGUGUCGUUGGCUGGAAGACCGUCGCCAAUCGUGUUUUGGUACCACGACGGGGAUCUGAUACCCAACGACGAGAGACAUAUCUUCGAAACAAUGGACGGUGAAUCGGUCCUAAAGAUACCUGAUGCCAAACGCGUCGACCGAGGAGAGUACACUGUCAAAGCCGUAAAUAAACUUGGGGAGGAUUCGACGUCAUUCCUCGUCACUGUUACAGAUCGACCCGCUGCACCUGGGAAAGCAACAGUCACGAUGACGUUAGGUAGAUCGGUCACUCUCUCGUGGAAGGAGCCAGACGACGACGGUGGUUGCAAGAUCGGGACUUACAUCGUUGAAUAUUACAGAGUUGGCUGGGACGUGUGGCUGAAGGCAAUCACCAGCAGACAGACCAAAGUAACCUUGACGGAAUUGAUCGAAGGAUCCGAGUACAAGUUUCGAGUCAAGGCUGAGAAUCCUUACGGCGUCAGCGAGCCUAGCGAAGAGAGUGACGUAAUCUUCAUUCCAGACUUAAAAAGGGGUAUAAUGACACCUUCGUUGAGCGGGAAGUCGCAGAGCCAUCGAGAAAUUCGAUCACGAGAGAAACGAGAAGUGAGCUUCGCAGUGCCAACUCAGAGAACCAGAAGCCUGACGCGAGAGGAGGCUCGCACGAGAGACGAAGACAUGGAUUUCGGGCCGAGUAGCCGUUCAGUGUCCGCCCAAAGGCUCAGCAGACCAUCGAGAGCCGACAGCAGGGUCACUUUUGCCCUGGACACGCUAGAGAAACCGAAUGAAGCGCCUGUACCUCCCGCCAGAUCGAAGGAUCAUUCCACUUCAAAGCACGAGAGUCGCGUUGAGAAUCACGUAGACCGUUCGAGUAUUAACAUGGACGUAACCACUAACGAGAACCAGAGUCUAAAUAAGGAAAGUCCAGCGGAUCUAAGGCCCGCCAGUGCCGUCGCGGUUUCGCCACCGAUUAUCGACGAAUCUAGCAAACGUUCAGCGUACAGAGAAUCUCGAUCGCGAUCGGUCUCCAUGACCAGGGAGCGUAGCAUGUCUCCGCUCUCGAUGCCCAAGAUUCAAGAAAACUACGAGGAAGAGGCUUCGACGCGUCCUCCGCGGCUUCAGCGUCCCUCGAUAAGUUUGACCCUAACGAAACAACAAGCUAUAAUCGACGAUCCAGAAUCCUCGUUCGUCAAGAGCAACUCUUUGGAUGAUAAACCGGGAUCGCCUACGACUCCCAGAGAGGAUGACGAAACUGUGAUGCACGGGAGCUCGGAAUUUAUGUUGGUCUUGUAUCCUGACGACGAGGAUCAGGCUAAGAAACUCAUGGACUUUGCUGACAAGGGAAAAAGUUUAGUAGAAGACGAAAUGACAGGAGAGGAAACAGAAGAUAUGGAAGACCUGAUUCCACCACCCAUGUCGUUGUCUCUGCCAGAAUUGUUCAGCGCGGAGCACCAGGUGGUGGAGACUCUUCGAGAGGCUGUUAGUUCUACGGAGCUGUUACACGAACGAGCCAUGGAACGUUUCUAUCGCGCGGUGGCUGCAGAGGAGGCGUCAGAUCUCGCCAAGAGGAAGACGCAACUCGAGAGGACCACGGGAGAAUUGGCGUCGACGGUCGAAGGAAACGUAGAUAUCGAUACGGAAGCGCAAGAUGUACGAAUGCGAAGACGAUUGUCCAAUCCUAGCGUCGCUACUCAGAACUUGAUCAGCUGGCAGACCAAGAAGAAUCGCAGAAGAUCGAGCGAAGGUCAGACAGAGGGGAUCAAGGCACCAUUGAGAAUAGUAACGCCCAGUUUGCUGUCCACCGUGGAGGCAAGAUCGGAUCCAUACUUGUCCAACGAAGCGGAGAUAGCAACAGGUAAAGUGGAGGACACGGCUACGCAGCUGCGCAGGUGGCACGAAAAUAGCUACGUACCAUUGGUCGAGGCGGGAGAAUCGAUACCCUCGAAAGAAGAGGCGUUGACGAAGAUUCAACCAAUCCUACAGGCGACAGAGAAGCAACAGGAGGUGGAAGAAGAGGUGGAAGAAAGCAUCGAAUCUUCCGAAGAAUCCUCCGAAGAGAUGAGCAGUGCCGAUAGCGAGGAUAUAAAGUUGCUAAAAGCUAGGAUCCUUGCCAGACAGGUGCUGGAAGAAGAGGACACGUAUCAUCCGAGAGGAAAACCGGUUCUACACGUUGAAACGGACCCACCGCCGAUUCCACCUCACAGGAUACCGAUUCUGGACGUGACACCUCCCACACCGACCAAAGAAACCACCAUGUCUCUGCCUAACGUAGUUCCGAAGUCGAUACUGAAGAAACCUAAAGAAGAACCAAUUCCUGUGAACAGUUUCGGUAGGCCGAUUCCACCCGAGAAACCUAUCAGAAAAAUACCACCGCAGAUAUCACCAGCGAAUAAGAAAGAAGAAGACGAAAGGCAGCCAGAGAUUGCGCCAGAACCAGUCAGAACACCUGUACUCUCGGAGUCUGACACGGACAGCGUUCUGUCGGCAGGAGAGGCGGCCAAGAAUCGCAGGAUUCAAGCUAAAAUGCGAUCAGCCACCCCUGAAGAGGAGGUAGACGAAGAGGACAUCGAAGCUCGCAUGGCGGUGGUGAAUCAUUACACCGAAAUCGUCAGAGAGCAUUCGAGUCAUUUGAGUUACAGAAGCUCGGAGGAGCGAAAAUUUGGCGACAGUUUAGCCAGCUCUCGAAGGUCCUCGUUCUCCGAAGAUCCGGACACGAAGGACUACGCGAACAAAAGUCGAUUGGAGACGAGAUCGAGUAGGAAACAACAGCAACAAGAGGCGAGAAGAACCGAGCAGAAUCAACGAACGGCGAGAGUAAAAAAGGAAAGAGAAGUUGAGAAACAAGAAGGUAAAAGAAGCGUCGGUUCUCGAGGAACAACGCCUGCUCGCGAGAAACGAUCGAGUCGAACGCCGUCUAGGAACGAAUCCCCCGCGCCGAGAUCUAGAAACGUGUCGGUCGAAAGAGGUGUUUCCUCGAGGUCGUCCUCGAGGACCAGAGCUCGAGCUCCCUCGCAAGACAGAAGACCACCCUCCAGAACCGGAUCGGAGGAUCAACGCUUCGUCAGAGACAGGUCUGUGGACGAGGGAACUCGAAGGUCGAGGAAGCCUUCUUCGACGACGCAUUCGAGGUCCAGUUCCAGGGACAGGAACAGACCAGAGACGCCGGUAGGCUUGAAGAUGGAACGUCUUCAGAAAGCUCUUGAGAGCAAGAAGAGCAAGUAUCGUCCUCUGCGACGGGAAUCCCCCGACGAGCCAGCCCAGAGUCGUCUGAACGGGGAACAGCUAGCGUUAGAGGCGAAGAAGAACGUUCGAUUCACAGUCGGAUACGUGACUGAUCUGACGCUGCUAAUGGCCGCCAUUUACGUGUACUUUUUCAAGAAGGAAACCCUCGCGAUCCCCUUCAUCGCCCUUCUUCUUUACAGGAGGAUCCAGCACGAGAUAUGCGGACGAGUGUCUCGAGGCUGGUGGUGGUCCAAACGAAAACAAUGACAAUUUUCACUGUUAUUCUUAGACUAGGAGAUUUCACACUACGAUACGAUGCUCAGUUCAGAAGUAGUACUUGCUCUGCUACACCGACGGGAUUCUCGACCUCCGACAUUUCGCGAUCGCCCCGAAGAAAUCUUUGAUCUUUGGACGCCGGGGAAUUUUCGUUGUGGAGAUUCUCGACCUUCGAUGGCUCAAAAUUGCAAUCAGAUUAUCGACCUCCGACUGUUCAACAUCCUCGAAUCCAUCAUGGCCGCCUCUCAACCGCUUCGAGAGCCAAUUGUCGUGUUUCAUUCAGGAAUUAUAUGCUGCACCAAACGCCUACCAAACAACAAUAUAUGUGUUAAGAUGGUAUAUGUAACGACAAAUCGUAUAUUAUUAUAAAUUAUUCUUAUUUAUUCUUAUUUAUUAUUAUAAUAUUC